UUAUACUACAUUAUUCCUGUGCCUGUUUUCUUUUAAUAAUCCAGGAAUUGCACACCUAGAAUCCUACAAUGCUGCUGCUUCCAUUAUUCAACACUUUCGUGUUGGUGUUAACUCUGGUGACAAUAUCCAACUCAAAAUCUGCUCAGGUUGUCCAAAAAUUGGAACACUAUCAACGUGCUCCGCGUGGGUUACAUGAAAUUGUUGGAGAAAAAGGCCCUAUAGGGCUACCAGCACAUCCAGACAGUGGAUUGCAAGCAUUUCGAUGUUUUCCAGAGCUUCCAGGAAUGGAUAGAUCCCCUGGACCCAAAGGAAACAGAGAACUCGAGCUUUUUAAAACUAAAAUAAGCAAUUUGCAAGAAAACGUGAACAGCCUGAAAGCUACUGUCAGCAAAAUCCAAAAAGCUCUUUCUUUUGGAAAUGGUGUUAGUGCUGGUGAAAAAAUGUUCAUAACCCGUGGCUCUGCAGAUAACUUUGAGACCUCAAAUGCCACAUGUUCUCAAGCUGGUGGCCUACUUGCUUCUCCAAGGAAUUCUGCAGAGAACAGUGCCAUCCAACAAAUAGUCGUUCGUCAUAACAAAGGAGCAUUUAUUGGAAUAACCGAUAGAGAAACAGAAGGCACAUUUAUGUACAUAAGUGGUGAAGCCAUCGGAUACUCAAAUUGGGCUCAAAAUGAACCAAAUAAUGCUGGUGGAACUGAACACUGCGUGGAACUGCAUCCUGAUGGCAGAUGGAAUGACAGAACCUGCAAUGAAAAACGGUUAAUAAUCUGUGAGUUUUAAUCCCCCUGUCCUUGUGGUUUUCAUUAAAAUCCAUUGGUGCAAAUGAUGUUGCUACUUAAAUAAUUCUAUAAGCCUGUUGAUUUACUGUAGUGUUGCAUAUUGAAUACUGAGCUGCAUCAGCAAUACGAAGGUAUAGAUAUGCUGAAUCUUGCUGCUAUUUCUAUGGUGGCCAAUACCAUUUUGUUGCAAUAAAGCAAUCAAAGCUCUUU